CGCCGGUGGACGGGAACAGUAACCCGGGAGCAUGCGAUUCGAAUGUUCGUCAUCAAAACUGCCUGCGAUAUCGAUCGUAAAGGAAAUAUUGAUAAAAAUUAAAAAACAGUGAAAAAAGCGUACGAAAAAGUAACGAAUUAGGAGUUUCCUCGUAAAGAUAAUAAUUCAAGAGAAUUUUUUUCCCGGACCGAAGCAUCAUGAAUGCGAUAAAAAAACGACUGCAGACUCUCAAAAUCGAGAAAGAUCUGGCUAUGGACAAAGCCGAUUUUUGCGAUCAACAAGCCAGGGAGGCUAACAAACGUGAAGAAAUGCUGCGAGACGAAGUUUGUGAACUCGUGAAGAAACUCACUCAAAUGAAACAAGACCUUCGGACGAGCAGAUCAAACCUCGAAAAAUCGAAUGCUGAUCUCGAGCAAAAGGAACGAUCUCUCUUGAUGGCUCAAUCCGAACUGGCUAUACUCAAUCGGAAAAUGCAACAGUGCAUGGAGAAUUUGGAAAAAACGGAGGAACGUCGACUCGUCGCUCAAACGAAACUCGCUCAGGCCACUGAGACUGCCGACGAUGCUAAAAGAAUCUGUAAAGUUUUGGAAAACCGAAGUAAACUCGACGAGGAGCGAAUGGACCAGCUCACAACUCAGUUGAAAGAAGCUCGUUUGAUUGCCGAAGAUGCUGACUCGAAGUCCGACGAGAUAUCGAGAAAAUUGGUGUUCGUAGAAGACGAAUUGGAGGCUGCGGAAGACCGAGUUAAAUCGAGCGAAGCAAAAAUUGCUGAGCGUGAGGACGAGCUCUUCAUCGUUGGAAACAUCCUCAAAUCACUCGAAGUGUCUGAAGAGAAGGCAAAUCAACGGGUCGAGGAAUUCAAGAGUCACUUGAAGGAUUUGAAAUUCAAGCUCCAGGCAGUAGAGUCGCGAGCAGUAAUUGCCGAAAAAAUGAUGAAACUACUGCAAAAAGAUUUGGAUCGUCGGGAAGAUCGAUUAUUCCGAGAGAAAGAGAAGUGCAAGUACAUCUGCGACGACUUGGACUUGACAUUUGCCGAGCUCACUGGUUAUUGAUUCUACAUUUGAUAACUUAUGAUUUUCACACUUUUAUACACUCCCGUAUCGAGCAUGCGUUUAUAACGAAUUGUGUUGUCGAAUUGUUCAAUUUCAAUGGCAAUAAAAAAUAAAAAUAUAAAAAAACCA